CGGGCGACUCGCUGCUCCGCAGUCUUUUGGUCCCGGAUUUUUAGGAAGUCGUGCGGAGAUGGGCUGAGUCUCGCGGCUGGGGAAGCGCGCGGGCGGCUCUCACUUUCCCGACAAAUAGACCUGACUGCCCCCUAUCUCCAUCUCCUCUGCUGGGCUGUGGUGGAAUGUUCUGGCCCGGAGAUGCCUUACGUGGAUCGGCAGAACCGCAUCUGCGGGUUCCUGGACAUUGAGGAGAAUGAGAACAGUGGCAAGUUCCUGCGCCGCUACUUUAUCCUCGACAGCUGUGAGGGCAGUCUGGUGUGGUACAUGGACAACCCACAGAACCUGCCCACAGGCACUGACUUCAUCGGCUCACUGAAGCUCACCUAUAUUUCCAAGGUCAGUGAUGCCACUAAGCAAAGACCAAAGGCUGAGUUUUGCUUUGUUAUUAAUGCUGGAAUGAGGAAGUUCUUCCUACAAGCUAAUGACCAGCAGGACCUGGUGGAGUGGGUGAACGUGCUCAACAAGGCCACCAAAAUCACAGUGCCAAAGUCUUGUGAUCCACAACAAAAUUCAGAGAAUCAAAAGGUUCUCGUGGACGUUUUGAAUCCAAAGAGACAGGUGUCCUACAGAACUGACAUCAUUGGAGGUGUGCCCAUUGUCACCCAGACACAGCAGGAAGGUUGUGGUGGACAGAACAGUGCAGACCGCGAAGCUCUGAAGACGUCUCACAGCCAAGCCCCAUAUGUUCUGAGCAAACCUACCCAGGACCUGGCAGUUAUAAAGGCAGGAUAUUGUGUGAAACAGGGGGCCGUGAUGAAGAACUGGAAAAGAAGAUAUUUCCUUUUAGAUGAAAAUUCAGUGAGUUACUUCAAAUCAGAUUUGGACAAGGAUCCUCUGAGAACAAUUCCACUGAAGGAAGUUCACAAAGUUCAGGAGUGUAAACAGAGUGAUAUAUUGAUGAGGGACAACCUUUUUGAAGUUGUUACAGCUUCUAGGACCUUUUACAUUCAGGCGGAAAGCCCAGAAGACAUGCACAGCUGGAUCAAGGCCGUCUCUGGGGCAAUUGUGGCGCAGCGGGGCCCAGGCAGAUCAGCGGCUUAUAUGCGGCAGGCCAGACGGCUGUCGAAUCCUUGUAUACAGAGGUAUACAUCCCGAAAUGGCGAAUGCAGCAUGAGCCCAGCGACCGUUCCUCAAUCUCCUCAUUCUACCGCAACCACCAGAGGCUUCCCGCCCCCAUCCCGACCCCCUCGUCAGUGCCGCUCUCCCCUCGGCGCUGCGCUGCCCAGUCCGCUGGGGCUGCGAGCGCGCGCCCUGUCUGCUCACAGCUUGGCCUGGGACAGCGAACACUUCAUGAGUCUGCUGCCCCGGCCCAGCCAGCAUGGGGCGCCGAGAGCCGCACGUCUGUCCCUCCAAGAGACACGGCUGUCCAAAUGAGCACAGCUUCUCCUUGGAGGCGCCGGAGCAGCUUCGGAGAAGGUCCCCCAAGACCCCCAAACCUUGACCUAGAUGAUGCUGACCUGCCAGUCAGCCAGGUGUAAGAUAUUGAUGCCCCUCAAAGUAAUUUUUCCCUACAGUCUCUCUUCCACCACCCACCAACCCCCAUCCCUCCCCCUUCUGAAAUGUGGUGGAGUGGGGGGCAUCCUUUGAGAACCUGAUAUCAAGCUAAGAUCAGGCAAGAGAGUAGCGCUUGUCCCAUGAAAAUCAUAAUAGAGGGACAAGGUAUGUAGGCUUUAUGUGCAUGGAGGUGAGGCAGGUGAAUUCAAGUGAACUUGAAGAAACCUGGGACAGGGAAGAAACGAGAGUCUGGCUGUAGUGGAGGGGGCUGGGGGGGGGCAGUAUGGGAGAGUCAGCUGGUACGUUUUUCAUGCCAGAAACUUAAAGGGAAAUUCCGGUCCUGUGGACAAGCAAAAAAAAAAACAAAAAAAUGCAUUUCUUGUGCAUAAUUUUAUAUUGUUUUACAGAUUCACUUUAUAGUAUUUUUAAUGUUACUAAAUCCCAAACAUAGAAGGAAAAUUUGUAGAAACUGUUUUCUGAAUAAUGGAUUAAUUCAUGUUUAUAUAUCUGAAUGAAAUUUCAUGUAAUGCACCACCAAAACUGCCACAACAGUCAUAUUUUAAUGAGGAUUUCCUGACUGAGGGCACUAUUCCAGCUCUUUGCAUCAAUGUGUUGUAUUAAAGCUGUGUGAGAUCCUUUGCUCUCUUGCAUACAUCUUAUGGUGCAUCUCAUUUUGACAUCUGCAGUCCCUGUACGGUUAAAUACCACGGAGAACAGCAGUCAUACAGCAUUUCUAACAAUGAGUCACCUGUUAAAACAAUGAACCUGCAUUAUAUCUAUACAAAAGCUGUCUUUUUAAAUUAAUGUUUUAAUUGUGUUCUGUAUUUAUUACUCGGUGUGAAAAGUACGAUUUUAAAAUGUGGUCCUGCCAUGAAGAGAAUACUAAAAACCAAAUGACUCUUGUAUUAUUCUGCUGUAAGUGCUGACAUAAGCAGUGGAUGUCAUUUAAGUCACUUAUUCUUUGCAAUGUUUUUAUUAGACCUCCACACUUACACAGUGUGUAUAACUUCCCUUUGUUCACAUGUUCAUCAUUAAGCAUUUCAGCUUCCUUUCACAAAUCCAUCAACAUGUUUUAUUCGGAUCAUUGUCUUGAAAUACUUUCGUGUUUGAGGCUAGGCUAGGCUAGGUAUGGACGGAUGGACGGACUAUGACAAAAGCAGGAUGUAUCCAUCGUAUGAAGCAACUCCCACAAUGUAAUCUGACAUAGUUAAUCAUAUAAUGUCAUAGUAAAUGAUAUCCAUGUGAACUUCAGUGAUCACUCCUGGAGCCUGAAGAAUUUUCUACGGAAAAGUAAUUAAUUGAAACUCUGUUUAGUGUAAUAGCUGUCUGACAAACCUGCUGUGAUGUCUUGCCUUUUAAACUCAAGGUAGUAAAUCAUUCCUUUUGUACAGUU